UGUCAGGCGUCUGAUCCAGUAUAUAGAAGUUGGUGUUGCGUUUGGGUUGUGUUGGUGUUAUAUGGUGUUAAAUAAUUGAAGAAACACUGUUUGUAUGUGGUUUAGUUCUUACUGAAUACUGUCGUUAAUAAGAAUCAAAUGUAGUUUCUUCUUGGCUGUUAUAAUUGCAGAGAUCGUCCAGUGUUAUUAUACAGCGUGUGCACUGUGCUUAUUUACUAUUUCUACAUAAUGACAGAUGGAAAGCCCAAUGUUGAUGCAAAAGUCCUGCAAUAUGAAAGUUUCAUCAAUGAUGUCUUAAAGCGAGAUUUACAGAACGUUUUGGAGCAACGAGACAGUGUUUAUGAGAAAAUUGCACUAUACCUUCAACUGAAGAACACAAUUAAAAGUAUUCAGGAGACUGGCAGCAAAGAACUGAAGACAGAUGUAGACCUGGGUUGUAAUUUCUAUGUUCAAGCUCAUGUGCCUGAUACUUCAAAAAUCUUUGUUGCAGUUGGAUAUGGAUUUUUUGUUGAACUGACGCUGUCUGAAGCGCUGACAUUUAUCGAAAAAAAGACCAACCAGCUUACAGAAUACAGUGAAGUUCUUACCAAAGAUGCUGCAAAGAUCAAAGCACACAUCCGCAUGGUUUUGGAGGGUUUGCGGGAACUACAGGGUCUGAACGAUCUGCCCGAGUCGAGAAGAAGAGAGGUGUAUUAGAAAUGUCCCAGCAGUUCAUUAUGUUUUUUGAUAAUGAUGUGUGAGUUCACUGGAUUUGAACGUUGUAUUACACAAUGUAUUGUAUUUCAGUGGGACUUGAACAUAUUAUUAUACUGUUAGAUUGCAAAUGAAAUUCAAUAAAGCUUAUUUUAAAUACUGUA